AUGAGUCUACUACCUUUGCUCCCACAGCAGCAGCGGACAACAACGCGGUAUGAACCGCUGGCUGCACAGAAAACAAGUGUUGCAUUCCGCCCAAAAUUGCCCGGCAUCGCCGGUAGUGAUAAGACGUUGUCGCGUGACUUUUCUUUGCUCUGCGGUAAGUAUGCACCAUUGCACCGUGCUGCGCUCAUGGGGUUGACAGCAGGAUCUGAAGGAAGGGCAACGUGUCAGCAAAGGUCGAUGGCGUCGCUUCAGCGUGCGUUACAUUGGCUCAUGUAUCAAGAAAAACAGGAGCGUGCUCUCAUUGUGUCGACCUCACUUGCAAUGUCACCUGUACAGUACUACGGCGAUGAGAAAGUUGAGGGCUCUUGGCCCCCUUGGAGGUUUACGCGAGAUCCACCUAUCAUCACCACUGAGGAGGAGUUGGUGACCACGGUGAAAAAGUCUUUCACGGGGGUUUUUCAACGCAUUCACAGUGAAAACGCGUCGCUGAAGCGUCUAGAAGAGGAGGAAUCUGCCUGUCGUGAGCGUGACAUAGUUGAGCCAUGGUCCUUUCUUUGGAGAAAGGUGGGGAUCUUUCAGGAGCUACUGCAAGGGAAGGUGAUGAUCUGGAAGGAAUUCUUGCAGCGGCUGGAGGUGUGGCGUCAGUUGACUGAGGUCAUUCGAGAAGAGAAGCUUGCCAGAUUAUCUUUCCUUAGCGAAUAUGUAUCUUGCAGAGCCCCUUUACCAUGUAAGCAUCUUCUUUGGGAUUUGGAAGUCCUUGAGGAGUCGGCGGUACCUUUGGAGCCGGAGGUGAACCUUUUGUGUCUCUUUGUAUCCAUCGUGGUUGGGGAAAAUGCCUCUCUACAGGACUCCUUGCUUGUCGAGCGGGAGGAGGAGUUGUCUGUCUGUCAUCGGAAACAUAGACUGUGUGUUUCAGCGUUUGCUGGAAUUCAACAAAUUAGAAGGAAUGAGGCGGAACGUUUUGAAACGCUCAUGGAAUAUCAUGCGUUUUGCGUGAAGCUGGCGAAAGGGAAAAAUGCAUACACCAUCCUCCAGAAGCCUCAUCGUCCACAAGUGAAGACCACAAGAGAGAAAUCCCUUGAAAUGAGGCGUCAAUACCUGCGUCGUAUGGUAGAUUUGAAGGGGUCUCUUAUUUUUCCAUACUUUACAUAUCUAACUAUUGUAAAGAACGUUGGUGUGGAGAGAGGCACGCGGGCAGAAAUUACGAAGCAUGAAUUUGUGGAGUUUUGUUUCCUCAUGUAUACAUAUGAAGGUCUUUGUCGACAUGCUGUUGCUGCAGAGGAGGAACUGCUUAUGCAGAAGGUGGUGAUGGAUGUGGAGGCUCAUGAACGGCAGAUUAUUUGUCGAACUGAAACCGAGGCAUUGGAAAAAGAUAUUCAACCGGAUGAGUUUUUGUGUCGUUCUCGCACACUGAUGCAAGCCCAGUUGGCGGAUCGUGAGCGAGAACUUCAAAGCACACGGCUGCGAGUGACCAUUCAACUUUUGGUGGAAUAUGAGCGGUAUCAUCGAGGGGGGAUCAUGCUGUUUGAGAAGAAGUUGCGAACAAUGAAUCGUUUGAUGUUUUUUGCCAUUUUCUGCAGAGAUGGGGAGAAGUACGUGGUGCGGCGAUGGAUGCUCCAGCAUGAGGUGCGGUUGUUGGUAGAGGAAGAAGAACAAAUGCGACUGCGUAUUGUGAAUGAAGAGGCGGCAUGUAUCUUCACUCCCGCUACCGCACACACUUGGCUGGUCGAGUACGGUGACACAAUGUACGGGAAAGUCCAGAAGAAAAAGCUUCAAGACGCGAGCUGUCGUCUCAUGGAGGAACAGCAGCAGGCGCGGGAAGUUGUAGUCUCACAGUGCCUGUGGGAACGUCGGGUUCUUUUUCAGGAGGCGCUGUGUGUCCCUUUAUGUUCCACGAAGUCGGGAACAAAUACGCCGGCCUGCUGUGGCUGCCGUGAAAGAGUGAAGGGUGAGUUGGACAUUCGAAAAGUCAUGGUUUCGGACCUCUCGGAGUUUCUUCCAGGCGACGUCAUUCUCACUCUAUUUGGUUUUUCCGCACUGUAG